AUGCUCGACAGCUUAAUUCGGCUUUCCCAAGCGCAUGCACGUCUGAUGUACAGAGACACGGUCACUGUCCAAGAUUCUGUUAUGGCCGUUUCUUUCAUUGAAGCGACUAUGCAAGGUUUAUCGUUACUGGAUCCUAUCGAUGUGUUGCAUUAUACCAUGCCCGACGAUCCUGAACUUGAAUACCAAGACUACGCUCACACGCUGAUAAACAAACUCGAACUAAACGUAGCUGUAAUUGAACCUUCUCCAAAGAAGCUAAAAUUUAUGAACACCUCAGAGAAGGCGGUUACCAAGAACGACGAAGAACGAUAA